UUUGAUAAUUGUGGUCAACUAGUCAUAGGACUCGGUUUUUUAAUUUGUAAUAUUUUUACGUUUACUAUCGUUUAUAUUUAACUAGAUUUUAAUGACAGCUUCGCGUCACCAAGGUUUGAAUUUAAUUUCCAAAUUGAAUAAUAUUCAUGUGGAGGAUUUGCAAUAUGUGGAGCAGGAUUUGUGCUAUUACGAAUUGGUGUCCUUGGGCUUUUUGCUGUUUGGCGAUGAACGCGCAAAUGCUGAAUUCGCGCUACAAAAGUUACUUAUACUCUCCAAUACGCACAAGGGGCGCAGUUGCGGUGGCGCGGAUUUGCUCACCAAAUACAUUAGCGUUAACCCGCGUAAUUGGCGUGCACAGUUAGUGGAAGCUUUGUCUAUAAUAGGCGCUCGACGGGUCUUACGGAAAUUGGGUUUCGACUGGAAUGAGUUACACCAGCACUAUCUGCCACACAUUGGCGAACUAAGCGUGCAUGUGCAUCCACUGCUGAAGGCAUUAUAUCGCAUAUGUGAACGUUUGAAACCGGCGCAAGCGGGGCAAUUGGUAUUACGCGUGAAUGAGCAACAUAAGGGGCCAGGAGAGCAUCUACGUUUUUAUGAUUUUGCAUAUUUGGAAAUAUUUCUAUUAGACUGGCUAUCACGGCGCAUUAUUACAUUGGGUGAUCGUGUUGCAAAUGGUGCAGAUGUUGAUGUGUUGCUAGAAUUUUUCAAAUUUAAUGAUUUGGAUGCAUUAAAGACACUUCUUCUUGAAACAAUUGUAAAUAACGCAGAUUCUAAACGCAUGCGCAAUAACGCACAUAUCAGUGCGGAUAAUGCGACAGCGAGCAGUGGAAAUAAUAACAAAUAUUCUGCUGAAAAAAACACAACAACCAUGCAAUCAGAUGCAAACGCAUCUACCUCAGUGCGUAGCUGUGAUUUAACCAUAAAUGAAAGAUACCAGGUGCGCCACGAGAGCGCUGGCAUACUAUUGAUCAUCAAUCAACUAAAUUUCCACGAAGAACCCGAUCCUGGAUUGAAGAAAUUAUUGCCAAAAAAAUCACUCUCACCACGUCAUGGUUCGAAUAUGGACAAGGAUCGCUUGAAAGACAUUUUUUCACUUUUCGGUUACAAGCCAAAGGUGUUCGAAGAUCUUACACAUCUUGAACUAAUGCAUCGCAUACGGGAAACGGUCAAAUUAUCUUUUCAAUUUGAUUCGCUAAUUGUCUGCAUACUCUCGCAUGGCACCGAAGGCUCUGUGUAUGGCAGUAACAGCAUACCUGUGGAAAUAUCAGAAAUCGAGCAUAUAAUGACCGGCGACACGCUAGUUGGCAAGCCCAAACUACUUAUCAUUCAAGCAUGUCAGAAGGACGAAUCACCUAUAAAUGAACGCCGCAAGACCAAUGUCGAGCCACAUCGUUUCAGCGACUUGGUAAAAGCUAUGUCCACUGUGCCUGGCUAUUCGGCAAUGCGCCAUACGCUUGAAGGUACCUGGUUUAUACAAGAACUUUGCGAUGCUGUACAGCGUUUCGGCGAUCGCCGUCACAUUGUCGAUAUUUUAAUUGCUGUUAAUCGCAAAGUCAGCGAGCGGCGCGGGAAUAAAAACGAAAUAAUGAUGCCCAUUUCGAGUUACACGCUACGCAAAUUUUUCUUUUUACCGCCGCGUAAAUCACUACUAGCAGCAGUCUAACACACUUGCCAGUAAGUCUAAUAGCAAAUGUGACAAUUAGUUUAUGUUCAGUUGUAAUUAGCGAGUAAAAUUUUUUGAAAUUAUUAUUGUAGUGGUUUUAAUUAAGUAGCAGUUGUAGCAUAAAAACGUAAAUUGUACUUUUAGUAUGCAUGCUAUAUGUAUUAUGAAUUUUGAUAGAAAUAUAUUUUAAUAAAUAAAGAUUUGAAGCAUUUAUACAACGUAAAUGAAAUGUGUCAGCAAAUUGCUACACAAUUUAGUAUAUACAAAAGAAUUGUUUUAUGUAAUAUAAGUGAUGUCAUUUGUAAGACAAUUCAAGUGUUUAAAUAAACAAUAGAAAAUUGAUAUGGAUAUUA